CGUGCCUGCCCACCGCCUCUUCAGAGAGGGUUAGAACGCACGCUUGUCAUUGGCUCGUUAAAUUCUCACGUGACCGGCCAUCAUCCUCCUGAAUGGGAAAAGAAACAAAAACAACCGUCACUAAACAGUAACUAUGAACAUACACGUAACAAUCGUUUCCUAUUUCUGGUUUCACGAAGGAUUGGUAAAUUUUCGCGGCCUCACGCGUAACUUUACCCUCUUGCGGGUUACCUGCAAUGUGAUCAACGCGACCUUCAGCUCUAUUAUUUAGCGAAGAAGUGUUUUGCCUUAAAAUUUAAUUACAUUGCGCGGUGAUUUAAGUUGGUUUCUAGUGACGUAUCCGACGUAUGAAGUGAUGGUUCCUAGUGACUAGUGCGGAUAAAUUAAAGAGGUGCAAGUUUAUCAAUGCGAAUUAAACAUCCUCAUCGGAUGCCGGCUGGACACCUGGAGGAAGGUGAAUACGUGGCGGUGAAGACGCGACCUGCUACCCCCGAGGGAUCCGGGACCGGCGGCUUUUGGUUAGCCGCCGUCUCCGCUGCCUCGGGGGCGACGCACGCUGGGCUUCCACUCGAAGGAUGUAACGAGACAGGGUUCAUUAACAGCCAACCGUCUAUGGCGGAGUUUAUGACCGCUUUGCCCCAUCUUUCUGGAGAGAUGACCCACGGAACGCCACUAAGUCCGCAGCAUACGCCGCCCAGUGGACCAUAUUCCAUGGACGUUACGCACGGAUUGGGUUCUCCCGGUGUAAAUGUGCCUGAAUACCCUUGGAUGAAAGAGAAGAAGACCACUAGAAAAAACAGUCAGCAGGAAAAUGGAUUACCUCGCCGAUUGCGGACGGCGUACACUAACACACAGCUGCUUGAACUAGAAAAGGAGUUCCAUUUCAAUAAAUACUUGUGCAGACCUAGAAGAAUAGAAAUAGCCGCUUCAUUGGAUCUUACGGAAAGACAGGUGAAGGUCUGGUUUCAAAAUCGACGAAUGAAGCACAAGAGGCAAACGUUAAGUAAGCAAAACGACGACGGAGACGACAAGGAUUCCAUUUCUAGUGAUGGUGCAAAAAGUGGAAAAAUGUCUUCUGAUAAACUCUUAUGCGACGAAAUGUCUAAAAAAAGUUGUCAGGGAUGCGAAAUGCCACCGGCGGGUGUUUGCGGUCCUCACGAUGAAAUGCCUGACUUAAAUUCAUCCAGAGGAAACAAUAAUAAUACUCCUAGCGCAACAAAUAAUAACACAAGUUUUAGUAAUAAUAAUAGUAACGGAGCUAGUAGUAUAGCUAGUUCCGGAUCUUUUGAUAAAAUCAAUAGUGAAGAGGACUCCCAAUCGAACGAAGAUAUAAAUUCUCGUAGUUCUCCUCGAAUAUCAAAAAAGCCAUCCAAUACGGGGUCUAUUACAAUUAAGACGGAAAAUCUUCGAAACUCUCCGGUGGGUCAUGAUCGAAAGGUGGGCAUUCCUAAAAUGUCGCCAAGCGUCAAUCACAAGGAUUCCAACGCAAUCGGAAAUGUAUCCGAUGCGAUUACAACAAAUAAAAUUGUAUCCAAGUGCGUACCUCCACUGAACCCUCCAACAGUAAAUACUUCCGGAUUGGGAAUUGGCCCAAUUAACAAUAGUUCCAUAUAUCCACAUUUACAACGAUCUUCACCUACUACUGCCACAGCAAUAGCAUCGGCAACCGUUACAAUUCAAAAUGUAGCUAACUCUAUACCUCCAUUUGCAGCACGAGGUGCUGGUGCUCAAAUGAAUAACUACACAACCCAGUACCAGCUUAAUACUCAGGUCGAGUACAGAAAUGACAGCAGGUCAAAAUCUCAUCAGCAGUACCAUCAUGGUUAUGCGUCUAGUGAGAUGUACAAUCCCGACCAGGUGGUAGUUGGUGAAAAUCACUCAUACUUCAGAAAUCAAGUUCAUUCAAACCCUUUGACGCAUGAGGAAUCAAAGGAAGAGUUAUCCCUUAGAAACCAAGGGCGGAGUAGGCAUUCCUACCAAUCCGCGUAUGCUAACCAACAGAACUAUUACGGAUACAACAAAAGACAUCUUGCACCAAACGAAAAUUUUCAGCACAACGUCGCCAAUCAAAGUGGUUAUUCCCACGGUUACCAAGCCGAGCACGUCGGCUACAACCACUAUACGUACCCCACAUCGGGAAUAUACCCUAACGAAUCGUCGAAUAAUAUUGGAAACUCUGGACAUAUGAAUCAUGCACACGACUCAAAUUAUUAUCCGGGAGAGAACAUGCAAGGCAUGCAUAAGAUCCACAAUCAAACGGAAUACGCCAGUAAAAUUAAUUACUACGAAAACAACACGUACAACAACACUCACUUGGCUCCUCACACGGAGUCCUCGUCGUACAUUCCCACAGAGCCGUUUUCCAACGCGGCAGUAGCGACCUCCCUUACCGCGGCGGUUAUGACACCUCCAGCAAGUGUUCAAACUGAUUCUAGUGACACGUACAAUUCGUUUCACCAAUUCUAUUCGGGUGAAGCACCCCAAACCCACGUACCUCCGACCGGAGAAAACAGUAAUAGUUCGUCGGACUUUAAUUUUUUAAGUAAUUUAGCUAACGAUUUUACUCCUGAGUAUUAUCAAAUUUGAUUCAGUGCAAUGGACGACUUAGUUUUUACUUAAUAUCUGUUGAUGCGUAUUUUUUUAUUAUAUGUUGUUACUACUAUUAUUAUAUUAUUAAAUCGUGUUUAUAGUUUUAUAGGAGGAUCGUCUCCGUAGCUUUAAUUUAUUGAAUCUACUCUCAAACUCUAUGGAAUGCCGGUUUAAUAUCAAAAUGUUUAACAAGUUCGCCUUCUAUAAUUACAAAAAUAUAAUAUUUGACAAAAAAAAACAAAUUACACUAAUUUAAUCCUUAUCCUUUACAUGAUUCAGAAAAACAGUUACAGCAUAUAUGAUGGUAGAACAAUUUAUAGAUGGUUAAAUGAACGUAUAACAUUAUAGUAUUAAAAGGGCGUGCCAUACUAAUCGAAGUUUUUAGAACUCUAAAUACAAGAACUUUUCCUACAAAUAAAAUUUUAUGGAAAUUACCUGAUCGG